AGCGUGUUGUGUAAGCGCCGCUGUGUGUGAGUGAGGUUGGUGGUGUGGUGGUUCGUCCCUCAGUACCGGAGCGGUGUGGAUUAGAGCCGCUGUUACCGCGGGGUUCAGCCCCUUCCUGCUGCGGGAGAUUACUGAUACGGGGUUAUUUAUCGCUCCGCGGAGCAGUUCAGUACUUUUACUAGAGGAAUAAACCGGUGUUUUGAAAAGAUGAUGAGCAGGAGCGUCACGAGGAAGCUUCUGGGCUCCAUACGCGGCGUUUCUACCAGCGCCCGCCUGAACUGCCCGGGGGCUCCAGCCUCCGCUCCGGCCGCGCAGAGAGGCAGAGAGCUGAUUAAGAGUAGAGAGCUGGAGAAAGAUGAGCUUCGGCCGCUCUAUAUGGACUUCCAGGCAACAACACCAAUGGAUCCUCGAGUUCUGGACGCCAUGCUUCCCUACCAAGUGAACUACUACGGCAAUCCGCACUCGAGGACACACGCUUACGGCUGGGAAAGCGAGACUGCAAUGGAAAAAGCGAGAAAACAAGUAGCUGAUCUUAUUGGGGCCGAUCCACGAGAGAUUGUGUUCACCAGCGGCGCCACAGAGUCCAACAAUAUGUCAAUCAAAGGUGUGGCACGGUUCUAUAAGGCGAGGAAGAAGCAUGUCAUCACCACACAGACGGAGCACAAGUGUGUGCUGGACUCCUGUCGUGUUCUGGAAUCUGAGGGCUUUGAUGUAACAUACUUGCCUGUUAAAAGCAAUGGAUUAAUUGAUCUACAGCAACUCGUGGAAACGAUACGUCCAGAUACCAGCCUGGUUUCGGUGAUGACUGUCAACAACGAGAUCGGAGUCAAACAGCCAAUUAAAGAGAUUGGUACAAUAUGUAGGUCCAAGAACGUGUUCUUCCACACUGACGCUGCCCAGGCUGUCGGAAAAAUCCCCAUCAACGUCUCUGAGCUGAAAGUGGAUCUAAUGUCCAUCAGUGGGCACAAAAUAUACGGACCCAAAGGUGUUGGGGCGCUGUUCGUGAGGAGGAGGCCGAGGGUUAGGAUCGAGCCGCUGCAGAGUGGAGGAGGGCAGGAGAGGGGGCUGCGCUCUGGAACUGUACCCACCCCCCUGGCAGUGGGAUUGGGGGCUGCCUGUGAGCUCGCCCAGCAAGAGAUGGAGUAUGAUCAUGCCAGAGUGUCCAUGCUCGCUACUCGUCUUGUGCAGAAGAUAAUGACAGAGAUUCCGGAUGUGGUGAUGAAUGGAGAUCCAGAUCAGAGAUACCCAGGAUGCAUCAACUUGUCGUUUGCGUAUGUAGAGGGGGAGAGUUUGCUGAUGGCGUUGAAGGAUGUUGCGUUGUCGUCUGGCAGUGCGUGUACCUCUGCUUCCCUGGAGCCGUCGUAUGUACUGAGGGCGAUAGGAACAGAUGAGGAUCUGGCUCAUUCCUCCAUCAGGUUUGGAAUUGGGCGUUUUACCACUGAGGAAGAAGUGGACUACACCGCGGAGAAGUGCAUUCAGCAGGUUAGACGACUACGAGAGAUGAGUCCUCUGUGGGAGAUGGUGCAGGAGGGCAUUGAUCUGAAGAGUAUUAAAUGGACCCAGCACUGAUGAUCUCACACUCUCGGGAUGAGAUGGAACAGGAUCACAGUUCAAAUACUUUUACAGAGCUUGUUUAGAAUGCCGAAGACUUCUUUCCUCGAAAAAAAACACGCACAAUUUUAUUACUUGAUUUUGAGGAUUGAUUAUGUUCGUUUGGCUGGUGGAGACUAGUUUGGCUUGUUUCAUACUAGAGCGCAUUGCUUCUUGUUUGUUUGUUUUGUUUGUUUGUUUUUGAGUUGUUGAAGUUGCUGGAAUUGCAGAGAUUAUUUCCACAUUCUUCAGCUGAAGUUCUCAGAGUUUUACCACAGAACACGUGAGUGAGGGAGUGUUUGGACAGUGUUCUGUAGCUUUGUCUAAAUUACUACAUAAUAUUGCUGAAACAAUCCCGUGUGUUGUCUGUGUAGUCUGCCUGUCUAUUCAGCUCAGAUUACACCUUCAUCAGAAUUAGAGCUUCAGAUACUCCUGUUACAUAAUCUGUGAUGUAUUUUGCAUUAUGUGUAUACAUUGAGAUAGUUAAAUAUGAGUUGUAUGUGUAUCAGUUGUUGUCAUGCAAAAGCCUAAUAUCACCAAAAAACAAAACUGUCAAUGGAAGUUAUGCCAGGUUCAUACUACACAGUUUUUGCACAGUUUUUUUAGUCAUUGUUGCCUACAAAAACUGUGCUCAGAGGCAAAUCGGGCAAAAAAAACUCUCAGUGCUUGCACAGUCACAUAGUGUGAACUACUGAAAGACGACUGAUUGCAGACGAGUCACAGAUGCCUGGCAUGCUAGAUAUCAGAGAGAACUACGGGUCCAAAACACACACCCCCUGCUUUACCACAGCCGUUUUUGAAGAGUGAAGAGUCUGACCACUUUGUUUCCCUGUUAGAUUAUGAAAUCAUUGUUUACCUCUAGAGGGAGCCUACGAGUGAGUGCUGUAUAAAUCGGUGAAUGAGGCUAAAAGAUAAAAGUUUAGAAUUUAAAUUAAGUAUUUCUUUAAUUUUGUAAAGUACAAUAAUAUAAUUUACACAAAAAAAGCAAAGAAUGUGUGCCUGUAUACUUCAGUUUAUCUGAACUAGAGUUUCUGCUACUGCCAGCUGAUUGGUUAGCGAGCUAAUCCUAGUGAUACAGGUAAAGCAUGUUUAAAACGAUAAAGUCUGUGUUUCUAAAACAUUUAAUAUAGUUCUGCUUUGAGGACAAAAGUAUAUAUUUCGAUUACAGUGAUUACAGCUCGACUGGCGACUCAAAACAUUGUGUAGUGUGAACCUGGAAUUAUCUAUUAUGUCAAAGUAUCUUAUUCAUUUAAGUCGUUUUGAAGCAUUUGUAUUGGUCCAUGAAAGUUUGAGUGCCAGAUUGAAGUAAAGCUGGACGUACAAGUUUUUUUGCGUGAACGCAACUGCUAUGAUCACAGCAGUACCAAGAACAAAUGUUAUUGUUGCUCAAAUGAAAGAAAUUUGUAUUUAUGUAAGAAGAGAUCAUACCUUAAAUGGUACCAUUAGGAGAAAUAUGAAUACAAUGAUGUAAAGGCUAGUAGUCUUAAGGACUGUGUAAAGACUUUUAUUUAGCCUCAUUUAUAAUAUGGGUGUUGUUUUUAUGUUUCACAGUAAAACUGACUUCAGUAGGUGUGUUGUGUGUAAACAUGUUCACUGUUCAUUCCAGUCACAGAAAACAUCUCGUAUUAAUAAAAACUAUAAAGACA